AUGGAGGUUCGUGUUCCGCCGACGCACUGGGCUCGGGUGGCUGGAGGCCCUCGCUUGCAUGAAAUCGCUGGGCAUCUUGUUUGGGAUGUUCCGCGGACUGCACAAAGAGGAGGCCCCUCCGGCCGAUUUCCGUUUCGAGGCGGAGCACUGUUCGGCGCGGCUGUCGCCUUUCGGCAGAGGCUUGGCCGCUCGCUAAGUCGGACGCUGCCAAGCUCUGGAGGCGCAGCUGCCUUGCCGGAGGGUGGUGAAGAGGUGGCUGCGUCCGUCUCGCGGACAAGCGCCCCCGUCGUGGCAGCUGCCCGCAAGGCCAAGCGUGUGGCCGAGUAUCAGCGGAUGCAGCGACAGAGUUUGAUCGAUGCGUCUGCAGCGGGCUUGCUCGGUGCUCUGUUGGCCUACUUGAACAACGGAGUGGACGCUUCAGAGGGCUGGCUGGUUGGAGUUGCCUUUGGAGUACUCUAUCUGCUGAUCUUGCAGCAGGACGUGGCCAAGUUGUCCACGGAGUGGAACCCCUUCAGCGUGACAAAUCCGCUGCGGAUCCUGCGCUUCUUGCUGCCGUUUGGGCUGGUGCUGGCCCUUGGUCUGCAGUAUGCAUCAUCAAUUGGCUUUGAUGUGUGGCUGGAGCGGCUUGCCUGGGAGCCGGGAGUGAAUUUCACAGGUGUGGUCGCCUCACGCUCAUCCCUGUUCGCAGCCCUGGUAGGCUACGUGGUCUCUUCGGCAGUGCUUCCGCUGCGAGGGCUCUUCGAGACCCUGCCAGAGGCACGAACCCUGGUCAAGGCUGUGCCGGGCUCGCUGGGCGUGGCGCUGCAGUUGGCAGACCAGGUGCCCAGCAAGGCUCCUGCGGCAGCGAAGGUACCUGUUGAGGUGGUGCCAGUCCUGCUGAUAACGGGGCCGCGGGGCUGCGGGAAGUCCACCCUGGCUGAACAGCUCAGGCACCAGGAUUCGCGCUUCCAGGAGCCCGAGUGGGUGUCCACCGGGCGAUGUGCUUCCACAGGCACCGCUGAGCAGCGCCUCCUGAGCAAGGAGGAGUUCGAGUCCCUUUCGAAAACCGGGUCGCUUGCGGUCUCCUACACCCCUAGCGGCGAGGACUUGCAGGAGGUGGACGUUGGCCUUCCUGCUAUGUCCGUUCUCGCCUCCGUCCAGGCCCGAAACGACUUAGACUGCCCACUACGCCGGCAUAUUCGACAAAUUGUGCCUGCUGCUUCCAUCGCCAUGGCAUACCCUUGUACAUGCAGCUGCUCCUGUGGCUGGUACCCUCCGGUCCAGGUGGAAGGCGCUCCCGCGGAUGCUUGGUGGAAGGAGGCCAUCCGCCACGAGACAGAGAAUCGCUGGUACGUGCGCCAGCUGCCGGGCGCCUGGGCGGCCACUUUCGGCGGCUCUCAGGUGGGCGAACUCAUCAGGCACCAGGUGGAGCCUGCGUCGGACCGCUCGUUCCGCCCCUUCGGCCGGCGGGUUCUGGCAGAGCCGCGGGAAAGCGAAGAAUUCAAGAAGGUUAUGACGUGGGUAGACCAGGAGUCUGAGCCGAGAGCACGGCCGGCUCCGAGCCAGCCCUGUCAGGCCUGUCAGCCCUGCGCCCCCACUACACCUACACCAGCCGCACACGUGCCCCCGCCGGCUGUACCCCUGUCGGCGCCAGCGCCGACGCCAGCUGCUACGGCUCCGGCAGGUUUGCCGUCUUCCUUCUCAGCUUGUGGCGCAGAGCCCGCCACGCCAACAGCACCCGGAGCGCCAGUGCCGGCGCAGGUGGUGCGACCGCCGAUCCCCGAGGUACCACCUGGGAUGCGACUGGAGCCGGUGACCUUUGUGCAGACGGCGGAGCCAGUCUCUCGAGAAGUUGCAAGCGCGGAAGUGCAACCAUCUCCCUCCUUAGCCCCUGGGGCUGGAGUGACAGACGAAAAGGACUCGACGCUGGUUCCGGGAGACUUCCAACUCCACCCAGCUGCAGCCAGCGUGGGGCAGGCCACAAAAGAGGCUCUGGGCGCCAAGCUCGGAGUUGUGCAGGCUGCAGCCAAGCUGAAGGUAAGCUCUGGGCGAAAGGAAACCAGGGAAAAGUCGAAGGGCCGCAUGCAGGGGCGGCAGAAAGAGGCCGAAGAUCAAUGGAUCAGCCGGCAGAAGCCAAAGCCAGAGUCCCGUCACAGCUACAAUGCCAACAGCAGCUUGCAAGCCAUGGAGCAUUCGCAAGAAGCGUGGCACUAG